CCUCAUGAUGGUGUGCAUGUGGCGCGUGUGGCAGCGGGGCUCGGGGUUUGCCGCGCGGCUCCGAGAGAGAGACUGUGCGGUUAGGUUGGCGGGCCUUUCUGUCAGACACUACAGCACUAAAACAGCUCCUCACAUCCCCGGCAUGGAGUACCAGGAUGCCAUUUGCACACUCAACACUCUGCAGACCAAUGCCAGUCUCCUGGAGCAGGUACGGCGAGAGCGGAGCCACCCUCAGCAGCAGCUCCACGCCAUGAGAGGCUUUCUGGAACGGGCCGGCCUCACAGUGGAAGAGCUCGACCAUCUCAAUAUUAUUCAUGUGACGGGGACAAAGGGCAAGGGCUCCACGUGUGCAUUCACCGAGCAGAUUUUGAGAAGUUACGGCUUCAGGACUGGAUUUUACAGUUCUCCCCAUUUGGUCCAAGUCAGAGAGAGGAUCCGGAUCAACGGACAACCGAUUGGGAAAGAGCUCUUCACCAAGUAUUUCUGGCAGAUUUAUGGACGGCUCGAUGAAACAAAAGAUGCCCACGGGGGGUCGAUGCCGGCAUACUUUCGCUUCCUCACCAUCCUGGCCUUCCACGUGUUCCUGCAGGAGAAGGUGGAUGUGGCCGUGAUUGAAGUUGGGAUCGGAGGAGCGUACGACUGCACAAACAUAAUCAGGAGGCCGUGGGUGUGCGGUAUCUCCUCUCUGGGUAUCGACCACACUCAGAUUCUUGGAGACACCAUUGAAAAGAUUGCCUGGCAGAAAGGAGGAAUCUUCAAGCCGGGGGUUCCUGCCUUCACCGUCAAACAGCCUGAAGAUGCGAUGGCUGUGCUCAGAGAUCGAGCCAAAGAGAUAAAGUGUCCUCUGUGGGUGUGUCCAGAAUUUGAAUCCUACCAGACGGAUCUCUCUGAACCUCUUCGUCUCGGUCUGGCGGGGCAGCAUCAGCGCUUCAACGCCUCACUUGCCCUCCAGCUGAGCCACACCUGGCUGCAGAGAAGAUGUCUACCAGACAAAAUCUUUCCCUGCACUCCUGUCGAGAGCGUGGUUGUACCUCAGGUGACUCCCUUCAAGCCGAGCCCCGUCAUGGUGAAAGGGUUGGCCGACACCGAGUGGCCUGGCAGGAAUCAGACUCUGAAACACGGAGAGGUCACAUAUUUCUUAGACGGAGCUCACACCAUGCGCAGCAUGCAGGCGUGUGUUCACUGGUUCAGAGAGAUUGCAGCUCAGCAUGAGAGAAAUGCCAGUGGACCUGUGGCCAGAGUUCUGCUGUUUAAUGCCACAGGAGAGAGAGACUCAGCAGCCAUGCUCAAACUACUGGUGCCAUGCCACUUUGACUUUGCUGUAUUCUGUCCAAACAUCACUGAAGCCAUCACUUCAUGUAAUGCAGACCAGCAGAACUUCAACGUCUCCGUGGAGAACAUGUUGACUCGCUGCUUGGACAACGAACGGAGCUGGCGUCUCCACAACAGCGCGGGCAAUAACAGAGGGGCCCAGCUGCUCAUCGAGGACACGCUGUCCCUCGUCCCCGAAAGGAAAACGGACACCCUGGUCUUCCCCUGCAUCCUCAGCGCCCUCCAGUGGAUCACCCAGAGUAGAGACUCAGUGCUGACCGACCCAGCUAAGACGGUCCUGCCAGUCAAACCGAGCGUUAAGGCCAAAGCCGCUCCCUUGUGUGACGCGGCAGAGAUCCAUGUCCUCAUCACGGGGAGCCUCCACCUGGUGGGAGGAGCACUUAAACACCUGGAUCCGGAUUCUUCCAAGUAAAGGCCUCAUGUAGGGUUUACAGAGUCUAGGUACUCGGUUCACUUUCACCAGGAGGUGGAGAAUAAUUUCUGUCAGUAUGGAUGAGGUUUGAAGAGGGACUUCAGGUGUUUACCUGAGCAGGUUUAGCUGUUCGUUGUCUUUGUAGGUUCCUGAAGGUGGAAACAUACCUGCUCUUAACUACACGUAUGAAUGAUGGCUGCUAUGAUCCUCUGCAUUUGGCACAGCAGCAGUGCAACCUUGAUGCAACUUGUAGUAAACAUGUGACCAGCAGAGGCAGUAUAGAGGUGACAGGGAUUGUUCAGAUCAUGCAUCAUUACAGAUUAUUGAUCCGAUUUGGCCAUCCAGACACCAAAGACGUCAUUUUAGACGCCCAUCCUCAAUCGUCCUCAGUGUUGGCCUGAUAUCAGAACUCUCUGUCCUGUUCUUAUUCAAACAACCUGUACAUCAUUUCUCUGACAGUGGCUUGGUAUCCCUACAUGCUCAUCAGAAUGAAUGGGGGCCAAUUAGGCGCCAGCUAAGAGGCUAGCGGUGCCUCUUUAACAGCUUUUCCCCCACAUGCUGUCAUAAACAUGCUUUUAAAGGAAGCUCUGAUAGACUGUUUAAGAAAAUCAAUAUUGUGGGGUACUGGUUGAAUUUAAAUGGCACUUAUAAAUGAUCAUUUAAGAGAGAGUCAUAAGAUGUAGAACUGGUUCCAUGUGUGAGCAAUUAGAACUAUCUCCCAUCAGAGAGAGGGUUUCUUUUUCUUGUAUUUUGUUGUUAUUUUAAGGAAAUAAAAAAAAGCGUAAUGGUACUACAUAAAGAGCUGUUUUGGCUCUGAAAGAAAGAGAAAUAUCAGCUUGUAUCCUGAGUUGAGACAAAAUCCUGCCCUUUACUGGAUUAAAGCCAUUUACUAGAGGAAUACAGCAGAUAAUGACAGCUGAAUGAGCGGCCUUUACAUGCACAGUAUAUAAAAUUCCACCACCAGGGGGCUCGCAACCAAAACAAUACCAUUAGAGACCAGCGCUGCCCAUCUCAGCUGUUUGUUUCUCAUUUUGAAUCAGGAACUCUGUCCAGUAAAAAGGGAAUCACAUGAGGCGUCUUACUAACUAGAAAACCAAUGUUUAGUUUUCAUUUAUAAAUUCGGCUUCUUUUGAACUGGCAGCACUUUUAACCCCAGACUAGUUGUAAUCCAGCAUUCUGGGUGGAAAAAGCGCCCUCUGCAUCGGCUGAAAACAGUUCACUUUUUAGAACAGCGCUGCAUUUAUCUAUGGCUCUUCUCCCUCAUCUGUCAAUCAAAAUUGAAGGGGCUGGACUUCUUAUAAUGGCAUAAGAGAAAUCGAUCUUACUCGUCUUUCUUCGUGUUUUUUGGAAGGCAGUUUUCAGGUCUGCAGCUGCUGCUGUGUCAGGACAGAAUUCCUUUACACUGUCUGCAUGUCUGAGAAAUUUCCUUGAAAUACAUAAAUAUGAAUCACACGGUGCUAUUUUAAAACAACGUUACAGGUUCUACCAAGGAAUUAGGAUUUAUUUUUAGUAAUGUAGCAACAUUGAGAGCUGGCAGGAAGCGCUCUAGAAUUUAGGUCCUGAGCGCUUGAUAGCUUAUCUCCCUCAUUAUGAGAGUUUAUGAAUAAAAUCAAAAUGUCAUUUCUGUUUAGUAAAUAUGCCUUAUUAGGUGAUGUUUUUAUUGCACAGGGUCCUCAAUUAAAUAAUAGCAGAAGUUAAGACUGAACAAUUUGUGAAAAACAAUCAAAUUGCAAUUCCCCUCUCCCCCAGUAUUGUGAUUAAAUAUGCAAUUAUUUUUAGGUUCCUCAUCUUAAUUGUUGCUCAACAAACAUAUACGAGAAAUCAUUCUGUAUUAUAACAAGCAAAAUUUUAGAUGAGGUAAACAGGAUAAAAAAAUACCUCAAUGUGAUUUUGUAAAUAAUAAAAACACACUUGAAUGUUAUCAUAAUAUGUAGAGAAUAAAAAAGAGGAACUAUUAUCAAACUAGUACUUUUGACACAUUUCAGGUUAAAGAAUUAUUACACUGUCUGUAAUAUGAAAAUUGCAGCCAUAUUGCAAAUUUGCAAUUAACUGCCUGGCCCUAGCAGUUGUAUUGAGAAGGAGGUAGAUGGAGCUGAGCAGCGCUGGUCUGUCAGAGUAAAAAAAAAAAAAACAGAAUUCUUUGUCUUUGAAAACUUCAGGAAGUAUGUGAGAGACUGUCACACCUAAAUUAGAAACUACUUUAAAAAGAAAUAGUAACUUUUUAGAUUAAUGUAGAUAUUUCAGUUUAACUGUGUCUCCUUUGCCAUAUAUGACUCCUCACUCUCUCAUCUUUGUUUCUUCUUCUACCCAUGAUCCUAUCGAGUAACACUCUGCAGCCAGAUUCUAACACAAGGUUAAAGAGCAAGUAUGUCUCCAUCCUUACAGCAGCUGACUCCAGUCACUGCUGCUUAGUUUGGGAGUAAUGUUGUCAAAAAUGUCAAUAUUCUGCCAUAUCAGAAUAUCUUCACUGUUAUUUCAGUAACAGAAUAAAAAAAAAGGUGCUGUAGCUUUAAAAAAGGCAUCUGUUUCUCAAGAUAAGCUCACAGGAGAGGAGGGAAUCCAUCAGAAAUCACAGGCUGGCAUCUGCACAGUGUGCAGAAGUUUACUUGGUAAUUAGAGAGAGAGAGGCUCCCAGGACUUCUGCUGCUGUGAUGUCAAACAGGUAUCAGUAUGAUUUAACAGGCAUCAAAUCUAAAUUUAAAUCCUGAUGGUGUGACAGCCCUAGCUCUGGACCAAGGCAGCUUCCUAACACCAUCACACGGCCCUAACUUCACCCUGAGCCUUACAGACGGCGGCACACCUCUGUGGAGCACCAGUCUUAAACUUGAAGCCAAAUACGUUUACAUGAACUGCUGAGGCGGUUUCACUGGAACUGUGAGCGUCUCACUCAUCAGUGACGCUGCACGCACGCUGACCAAUUAAUUUAAAGACUGUAAAUGAUGAGAAACCAGGAAGUGCUACACAGACGUCUUUGAUUCAUUUAAUUUUAGUUUUUGUUUCUGUUCAAACACCUCUCACUGUCUUUGCCUAAAUGAAGACUUUUUGCACAGUUUCUACUUUUAUUUAGUGUCAGUGAGCUUCACAGGCCACGCCUCCUAAUGUUCCUUAAAGAUGUGUAAAUAUUCUAACAGAGAAAUGAAUUCAUGUGUUGAUCAUGUUCUGUUUGAUCUGGUUUACACUGGAAUUAAAAUCACAUCUGAACAGUC